UCAUAAAAAUAUUAAUAAAUAAUAAUUAUUAAAUAUUAGAAAAUAUUGAUGGUGCCGGUACCUGCUGUUGAAUUUAAUGUUAUACCUAAUAAGUUAUUUUAAGUACCAACCUUAUUAACUGUUGAAUUUAUACUAUGGAAAAAAUAACUUUUUGUAAUAGCUGGUCAUUUCUGAAAACAUUUACAAGAAACCACAGUUCAAAAGAAUGGCUAUUACGACAAAAAACUGAUCCUUAUGUWGAAAAAGCCAAAAUAAAAAGCUAUAGGUGUAGAAGUGCAUUYAAACUAUUGCAAAUAGAUGAUAGAUUUUCUAUUUUGAAACCAGGCCAAUGUGUAAUAGAUGUUGGUGCAGCUCCAGGUAGCUGGUCACAAGUAGCUGCAUCUAGAAUUAAUUCAAAUGCUUCUAAUAGUGAAAUUCCAACUGGCUUACUGAUUGGUAUUGAUCUUCAACAAAUGUAUCCAAUAAAAGGAGUAACAUUAUUAGGAAAUUCUGAUUUCACAUCUCCUAAAACUUGGCAAAAAAUAAAAGAAUUAUUAAAUGGCCGACCUAUAGAUGUUGUUUUAAGUGAUAUGGCGCCUAAUGCUUCAGGAGUGAAACAUUUAGACCAUGAUUUAAUCAUAAAACUAGCAUAUUCAGUAGUUAAAUUUGCUGUUUUAAAUUCUAAUAUUGGUGCAACAUGUUUAAUUAAAAUUCUGGAUGGUAAUCAAAAUGCAGAAAUUGAAAAUACUUUGAUAAAGUUUUAUUCAAAUGUAAGAUUUGUUAAACCUGAAGCUAGUCGAUCAGAUUCAGCUGAAAAAUAUCUUCUUGCACGUGGAUUUAAAGGACUUAAACAAAAUUAAUUUCUAUAUUGUUAUAAAUAUGUAAAUAAUAUAUUAUAAUAAAAAUGUUAAUGUAUU